GGGGGACCGAUAAUCGUCAAGCUGGCGCGCGAAGCUCAGGCAUGUCCAGAGAGAGUGGAGCAGCACAACUUCUUCACGCGGCUGAACGCAGUCACAAUAACGCGUUAUCUUGACCGCUUUCCACACAUUGUAAAAAUGUUUGACAGUUAAUUUGGAGAAGAGUUUACACGAGGUGCUUCAUUCUUUUUUUAGCACUACGUUAGUUAAUACUGAAGCUCACUAUGCCAUCACUAUCUCUGAAUGGAGUGACAGUGAAGUUCCCUUUCCCUCCAUAUGACUGUCAGAAGGACUACAUGGCCAAAGUGAUUGAGUGUCUCCAAAAGAAGGCCAAUGGGGUCCUGGAGAGUCCCACAGGUACUGGUAAAACUCUGUGCCUGCUUUGUGCCACCCUGGCCUGGAGAGAGAACUUCAAGGACACCAUCUCUGCCCGCAAAAUAGCAGAGAAGUUAGGCGGGGAGGAGAUGUUCCCCAACACACCCAUGUCAUCCUGGGGAACGGCUGCUACAGACGGUGCCACACCAACCUACUACACAGAUAUUCCAAAGAUCAUAUACGCUUCCAGGACUCACUCUCAGCUGGCACAGGUUAUCAAUGAGCUGAAGAACACCUCAUACAGUCCAAAGGUGUGUGUGCUGGGAUCAAGAGAACAGCUGUGUAUCAACCAGGAAGUGAUGCGUCAGGAGAGCCACCACGUCAAGGUCCAUAUGUGCAGAGGAAAAGUUUCCACCAGGUCAUGUACCUACUACAAUAACGUUGAAGAGAAGAGCACUGACAAAGACCUGGUGAAUUCUAUCCUUGACGUGGAAGACUUGGUGAAAUAUGGCAACAAACAGAGGGUCUGUCCUUACUACCUCUCCCGGUCCUUGAAGCAGCAGGCAGAUGUCAUCUUUAUGCCCUACAACUACCUCCUGGAUCCAAAGAGCCGCAGAGCUCACAACAUUGAGCUUAACGGAGCCGUGGUCAUCUUCGAUGAAGCUCACAAUGUGGAGAAGACUUGUGAAGAAUCCACAUCGUUUGACCUGAGUCCCUAUGAUGUGUCCUCAGCCAUCAGUGCUGUGGACAGGCUGCUGGUGGAGCAGGCUAAAGAAGCCACCGUCUCUGAAGACUUCAAUGUGGAGGCCCUCAACUCUGGUUUAAAAGUAAAUAUAGAAACCAUUGCUAAGAUCAAACAGAUACUGCUGGAUCUGGAGGCUGUCGUUGACUCCUAUGAGGUUCCAAGUGAAAAAGGCAUCACAAAACCUGGAAUCUUCAUCUAUGAGCUGUUAGAGAGAAUCCACCUGAACUACAACAGCAAGACGGCUGUCUACGAAGCUCUGGAGCAGAUCAUUGGACACUUAACAGGACAGGCGGGAAUAUUCCUGAACACUAGUGGACUGCAGAAGCUGGCUGACAUCAUACAGCUGGUGUUCUGUGGUGAACCUUCAGAGGCGGACAGACAACAACAGAUGCAGUCCAACACGGCUCAUUUUAAGGUUCAUAUCCAUCGAGACAACAGUUAUCACAAGAAACCACAGAACACCGAUGUGUGGGCUUCAUCUUCGGCUUCAUCUUCAUCAAAGAAACAAGGUAACAUCCUGAGUUACUGGUGCUUCUCUCCCGGCUUCAGCAUGCAGGAUCUGGUGAAUCAAGGUGUACGCUGCAUCAUUCUGACCAGUGGGACCCUCUCUCCCCUCUCUUCAUUCACCUGUGAGAUGAGGAUCCCGUUUUCAGUGAGUCUGGAGAACAGCCAUGUGAUUGAGCGGGACCAGAUCUUUGUUGGCAUCAUUGAACAAGGUCCUGAUGGAGUGGCCUUAAGUUCAGCAUAUGAUAGAAGGUUUCUUCCUGAAAACAUGGCAUCUUUAGGCAACACUGUUGCCAACCUGAGCCGCGUUGUUCCUGAUGGUCUUCUAGUGUUUUUCCCCUCCUUCCCUUUAAUGGAAAAAACCCUGGACUUCUGGAAAACUAGCGGACAUGCAGAUCGCAUUGAGACCGUAAAGCCCAUAUUUGUUGAACCUAAAGGAAAGGGCACCUUUAAUGAGGUUAUCGACGGGUAUUACGACAAAGUCAAUGAUCCAAAAUCCAAGGGGGGGACAUUCUUUGCUGUGUGCCGAGGCAAGGCUAGCGAGGGUCUGGAUUUUGCAGACACCUUUGGUCGGGGCGUCAUCAUCACUGGCCUUCCAUUCCCUCCAAGGAUGGACCCUCGAGUCAUCCUGAAAAUGCAAUUCUUAGAUGAGAUGAGUCGGAAGAAAGCUCCCGGGCUGAAGUACCUGUCUGGACAGGACUGGUACAAACAGCAGGCUUUCAGAGCCGUGAACCAGGCCAUCGGUAGAGUCAUUCGCCACAAGGAGGACUUUGGAGCCAUCUUACUGUGUGAUCAGAGGUUUAAAGGCCCUGGUGCCAGGGCUCAGCUUCCAUCCUGGGUCAGGCCUUAUGUGCGUCUGUAUAGCAGCUUUGGGAACGUGAUCCGGGACGUCUCUCAGUUCUUCAGGGUGGCACAGAAAAUGAGGCCGGUGGUAGAGAAGAAGGCUGCAGCAGAGAGCUGUGGGACAGUGUGCUCACCAGAGACUCAGUCCUCUGCCUUCCCUUCCUGCUCGUCCUCCAAAAGCUCCAACACCCAGAAGGCCAAAGAGCUGGACGCCCACCUUCCCAGCCUGAAGAGGAGGAGACUCAAUGAACAAUCUGGAGCCAAUGGGAUGGCCAAGAUCUGCAUUGAGUAUGAGUAUGAGGUGCAGGAGAGUCAGAAGAGACCAGCCAACCUGCUGGAUGCUCUGGAGCGAGGGGACCACUGCGCUGGAGAGGACGGUGAUGCUGUCGUGGGAGAAGAGAAGGCCAACCAUUUGUCCACGCUGUCUCUUCAAUGUGACAAAAGGAUGGAUGAUGAAAUGCGGGGAGGAAAGCGUAAAAUCAAAUUGGUCCAAGGACAGAAGUCCCGCGGGUCGGAGGACGUCUCUGGGGAAGGUCCAUCCAGCAGCAGGGUCAAGAGUUUCCUGGCAGAGAUGAAGAAGUCACUGAGCCAGUUCAGCUUUGACCGCAUCAUACAGGCCCUGCAGACCUACAAGAAGACCGACAGCCUGGACGUCCUGCUCACUGCGGCGGCGGUCCUAACUGAGGACGCCAAUACUCACUGUCUGCUCCGAGGCCUCUACCAGUUUAUUCGCCCACAUCACAAGAAGAGGUUUGAUGAGAAAUGCCAGCAGCUGACCGGACAGGGCUGUGGAUACAAACCCAAUCACUCACUGUCUGUGGACGAGAAGAAAGCACUGAUGCUGCAGAGCGCUACAGCCAGUCAGCCUGCUGUGGGUCUGACCUCCUCCACCUGCAGUCAGCUGAAUACACAGCAGCUCAACAAAGGAGGAGCCCACCUAAACCAGCAGGGACUAAGAGAACCUCAGACUGCUACAGCCAGUCAGCCUGCUGCGGGUCUGACCUCCUCCACCUGCAGUCAGCUGAAUACACAGCAGCUCAACAAAGGAGGAUCCCACCUAAACCAGCAGGGACUAAGAGAACCUCAGACUGGUUCUGCUUCAAAGAGUGACGUCCCCGCUGCCUUUCUGGCUGACGUGAAAAGAGCCAUCGGAGCAGAGAAAUCCGCUCGGCUCUUUCAGGCCAUUCAGAGCUACAAGAAGACAGACGGCUAUGAAGAGCUGGUGGCCACAGUGGUGAGCUUAUUCACUGAGAGGGAUGAGGACUUCAACCUUCUAAUCAGAUUUGGCAUGUUUAUUCCCCCCCGCCACAAGAAGCAGUACAAAGAGAUGUUGGAUGCUUUGAUAGGUCAAUCCGUCUCUGCUGCUGAAGUUCCUGCUGUUUGUGAAGACCAGCAAAGACACGUGCCAUCACCACCUUUGAAGACGCAAAGCAAGAUUUCAAGUUUUUUUCCAAAUAGUCAGAGAAAGUAGAACCUGAGUUACAGGAACACUGAUUUUGUAUUUCAAAUAGCUCAUAACUAUUCCUGCUGACCAAAACCAUGAACUAGCCAGUCUCUGCUCUGAAGCAGUAAUCUGGCUGUCUGACAGCCUGUUCUUUUUUUUUUUUUUAUCUGAAUGUCAUGUAAAUGUAUUAUGUAAAAAUAUAAUGUUUUAAUCUUGUGGUUUUAUAUUUAUUCAGCUAAUUAAAUUCAUGAAAGAAUAAGUUCCUCAAGUGUCUUCUGUGACCGUAGCAGAUCUGCACUCACUCCUGCUAAUUUGUAAAAUAGGGAUGUCUUUUGAGGUCAAAGGUCAUACUAUUCCCACCUGGCACACUGCUGCUUGUACAUCUCACUUUGGAACCAGCUGACACCAUGUUUUUAUUUAAGUUAC